GUGGAAGACCCGCUCGCUCAUGGCAGGCAAGCAGCAGCAGCAGCAGCAGCAGCCCCCCUACCUGCACCUGGCAGAGCUGACGGCAUCCCAGUUCUUGGACAUCUGGAAGCAUUAUGACGCUGAUGGAAAUGGCUACAUUGAAGGCAAGGAACUGGAGAACUUCUUCCGAGAGCUGGAGAGCGCCAGGAAGGGAGCUGGAGUGGAAUCCAGAAAUGUCAACUUUGCAGAGAAGAUGCAAGCUUUCAUGAAGAAAUACGACAAAAAUGCAGAUGGGAAAAUCGAAAUGGCUGAGCUGGCCCAGAUCUUGCCCACCGAAGAGAACUUCUUGCUGUGUUUCCGACAGCACGUUGGCUCCAGUGUGGAAUUCAUGGAGGCCUGGCGAAAAUACGACACUGAUCGCAGUGGCUACAUUGAAGCCAAUGAGCUGAAGGGAUUUCUGUCGGACUUGCUGGAGAAAGCCAACAGGCCCUAUGAAGAACCAAAGCUGCAAGAGUACACCCAGACCAUCCUGCGGAUGUUUGACUUGAACGGGGACGGGAAGCUCUGCCUGUCGGAGAUGUCGCGAUUGUUGCCUGUGCAGGAGAACUUCCUCCUUAAGUUCCAGGGAAUGAAACUAGACUCAGAGGAAUUCAAUGCUAUCUUCGCAUUUUAUGACAAGGAUGGAAGUGGCUUCAUUGAUGAGAAUGAACUGGAUGCCCUGUUGAAAGAUCUUUACGAGAAAAACAAGAAGGAAAUGAGCAUCCAGCAGCUCACCAACUACAGAAAGAGCAUCAUGAAUCUGUCUGACGGGGGGAAGCUGCACCGCAAGGAACUGGAGAUUGUACUCUGCAGCGAGCCCCCUCUGUAAAGAGCCGCUGCCCCUUCACGAGUCUCCCCCUGCCCUGACACGACCACAAAGACAAACGCAAAGACCACGAGAGCCACGGGAGGACUGCCCGCUGCCCUGUGCCUGGGGCUGUGCUCAGCCCUGCAAGGCUUGGCUUGCUGUUCUGCUUGUGACUUCUGCCACAGAAUCUCCACCCGAUGGUGGGGGAAAGGCAGCACUGCGGAUCAAGACCAUCCAUUUUCUUGUCCUGCUUGUUUCUCUCUUUAGUUUCCACAGUUUGUGUCUUGUAAAUCCCCAAAUCUGGAGUGGGUUUUCUUUUUGCUCUCUGUUUUUUUAAUCUUUUGCCUUCCUUUUGUGGUCAAGUCUUCUUGUUUACCAAAGAAGAGUUUACAAAUAAAACGGAUGUUCAGC